CAUGCUGCCUGUCUCGGUGCAUCCCGGUCCUCCGCCGGUGUAGCCUCCCUCCUGCAUCUCUGUAUCCCAGGUCAGCGGACGGACCCGGAUCGGAUCGGUUAGAGCGGUUCAGCCCGCCGGGAGCUCCCGGAGCAGACCGUAACCAGAGCACCGAGGAGGGGAAAGAGGAGAAACGCUCCAUAGCAACAAACCGGUUUCACGGCAUUAUUGUGAUGGAGGGAUGGUGAGGACACUAGAAGAGAAAUUGUGAAUGAGACAUAAAUCCCAAAUCAAGCAGGAUUAGAGGGACUUCGAGGCACUGGCCCAGAUCUAAACCUGGAGUCGAUUGAACAGGUUGUCUAAGGUCUGUUCAUUCAAAGUACUGAGUUCAAAGCCACAUCACUGACAUUACAGCUGAGUUCCUGACACUGCAGGUAGGUGACUGUGAGGACAAAAUACAUGAUUUUUAAGGAUUUUUAAAUUGGAUAAAGGAUAUUUUUGAGUUCUGACUUAAGCUGGAUUUACAUCAAAGUGACCUGAUGUAGUUUUGGGGAUUUCACCUGGAUUAUGAAGAUUUCAGUUGAUUUAAAUGAACUGUGACUGGUCUGAUUGCCACAGUGCCGGUUCUUCGUUCAGGCCAACUGGACUACAAAUCAUCUUAGAAGUCUUAGGACUACAGCUGGUCUAUGAGAAUCUAUCUACUGGAAGGAAGUCUCCAAGUUAUAACACAUUAUUUAGGGAUUACUUAUCACAUUAUCUAAACGUGAGCAAGCUCUGGACUACAUAGCUCGGAUAAACUUUUUCCUGCUGUUUGAAGGAUGAUUCUUUUCUAGCACGGAUUUCAUUGAAUGUUACUGAACUGUUAUCCGCCAUGUCUCUGAGUAAGACCCUCGAGUUGGAGCACUUUGACGAACGUGACAAGGUUCGGCGAGGACGCUCCACCCGGGCCAAGAGAGAUGAUUCCACCAGCAGUGCUGGUGGUGGAGGGUCUGGCCCGAGCUCCAGGGGCAGCAGCCUGGUCCCUAGUCCUGCUCACAGUGCAAACUGCAGCUACUACCGGACCCGCACCCUGCAGGCGCUCACCUCGGAGAAACGAGCCAAAAAAGUCCGGUUUUAUCGCAACGGAGACAGAUAUUUUAAGGGCCUGGUGUACGCUGUUUCUAGUGACCGGUUCAGAUCGUACGACGCUCUGCUAAUGGAGCUCACACGCUCUUUGGCGGAUAACCUGCAUCUGCCUCAAGGAGUGCGGGUGAUCUACACUAUAGAUGGCAGCAAGAAGAUCACCAGUAUGGAUGAGCUGGUGGAAGGCGAGUGCUACGUUUGUGCCUCCAACGAGCCUUACCGGAAGGUCGACUACACCAAGAUCUCCGUCCCAAGCUGGAAGCCCGGUGCCAGCGCUGGGCCUGGAACAGCAAGAUCAAGUGGAGCCUCCACGGCAUCCACAGGAGUGUCGACGACCGUCCCCAAAGAUCGCCCCGAAAGUCGAGAGGGCAGAGAGAGCAAAGACUUCAUCAAACCCAAGUUGGUGACGGUGAUCCGCAGCGGCGUGAAGCCUCGAAAGGCAGUGAGGAUUCUCCUGAACAAGAAGACGGCGCACUCCUUCGAACAGGUGCUGGCGGACAUCACCGAGGCCAUCAAGCUGGACUCUGGAGCAGUAAAGAAGCUCUACACGCUGGAUGGGAAACAGCUGACCUGUUUGCAGGAUUUUUUCGGGGAUGACGAUGUGUUUAUGGCCUGCGGUCCAGAGAAGUUUCGUUACGCUCAGGACGACUUUGUGCUCACACACAGCGGCAAAACACCAGCCUUUGUGAAUGAGUGCAGGACCAAGGUCUCUCGCUCAUCUGCCCCUCAGAAAACAACCAAGACCCCCAGCAGCUCCGGCUUCUCCUCCUCUAGGACUCCACCCAAAGGUCCGCCCAGGACAAAAUCACCUGGUCCAGCUAAUGAGGCCUCUGGAAAAUCAUCCAGGUCCAGCCCAUCCCCCACCAGCCCCGGGACUCGACGCAGCCUCAAGAUCUCACCUCGUCAUGCUUCCUCCACUGAUGUAAACGGAGAGGCCGAACAGCCAGAUGACACUGCAGAAGGUGAAGUGAACGGCAAUCGAACAGUUUCUUCCUCAACCAUCAACGAGAAGUACAAGGUUGGAAAGGUGAUCGGAGACGGAAACUUUGCUGUGGUGAAGGAGUGCAUGGAGAGGUCAACAGGACAGGAGUACGCUCUGAAGAUCAUAGACAAAGCUCGCUGCUGUGGGAAGGAGCACCUGAUAGAAAAUGAAGUGGCGGUCCUGAGGAGGGUUCGACAUCCGAGCAUCAUCCAGUUAAUCGAGGUGGACGAAACGCCCACUCAGCUGUUCCUGGUCAUGGAGCUCGUCAAGGGCGGAGAUCUGUUCGACGCCAUCACUUCCUCUACAAAGUACAGCGAGCGAGACGCCAGCGCCAUGGUGUUCAACCUGGCCGGAGCCAUCAAGUACCUGCACCGAAUGAACAUCGUACACCGAGACAUCAAACCAGAGAACCUGCUGGUUUGUGAAUAUCCAGAUGGCACUAAGUCAUUGAAGCUAGGGGAUUUUGGUUUGGCGACAGUGGUGGAAGGACCGCUGUACACUGUUUGUGGCACACCGACAUACGUCGCCCCAGAGAUCAUUGCUGAGACCGGUUAUGGUCUAAAGGUGGACAUCUGGGCGGCAGGAGUGAUCACCUACAUCCUGCUGUGUGGAUUUCCUCCUUUCAGAAGUGAGAAUAAUGUUCAGGAGGAGCUGUUUGAUCAGAUCCUCAGAGGGAAACUGGAGUUUCCGUCUCCAGACUGGGACACCAUCAGCCUUCCGGCAAAGAUGCUGAUAAGUCAGAUGCUGCAAGUGAAUGUGGAUGCCCGUUUCACUGCCGAGGAGGUCCUGUCGCACCCCUGGGUGACGGAUGAGGCUCCUAUAGAAUCCAACACUGUGAGCAGUGCUGAAGAGCAGAACAGUGGAGACACUUUGGAAACAGAGGAACCAGAAGAAUCACCAAUACUUGAAACCAAGCAAGUUCCCUCACCUCUGGUCUAAAACACAUCCCCCUUAUUGAAUGGAAGAACAGAACAGUCUUUGUUUGGUCCACUGGAAACCCAGAAACUUUCUUUACAUCUGGACGUCUCAUUAAUUCCCAGACCAGAUCAGUUCCCUUUAAUCUGGUCUAGAAGUUUUAACUUCUAGAAGCCAACAACUCUGCUUUGAAUUCUAGCUUUCUCUCGUUUCCAUUUAAAACCAAACCAAUCACUUCCUCUUGGCUCUUAUUUAAUUUUAUCUUCAGGAAACUGAACAGAGCAUAUCGGACUUGAAGAAGUUUCUCCACCUCUUUCUCUUGGACACGUUCAUCCUUCUAAAGACCGAAAAGAGGUCCCCUCAUUUAAAACCAAUCUAGUUCAAUCUACUUGGCAUGAAACCAGUCCCAUCAUGCUUUAUGAAAUAAAAUGAUUUGCUUCAAUUUUCUUCCACAAAUAUUCCCAUUUUGGCUGUGAGAUACAAAACAAGUUCCCUCUCUUGUGAUGUGGAAUUCAUCCACUUUCUCCCUUUGCAAGUCAGCAAGUCCUGUCAGUAACCCAUCAUCCGCUUGAAUUGAACACUAUACAUCUGGUGCAGAACCUGUUACUGUUUCUUUAAUCAGAAAUGUGAUUAAAGCCACUGGAAACCAACCAAGAUCCCUCACUGAUCUUUAAUUUAUUGAAAACUAAACAGAUUUACUUUACUAAUUAGAAAGCAAACAGUAGUCUGCAAACCAAACAAGUUCCUUAAAUAUGGUCACUCUGGCUCCCCUGGCCAAGAACCGAAAAAAGUAAAUUGAAUGUGAUUUAAAAUAUGUUCAGUUUGAUCUUCUUCAUCAAAAUACAUUCUCUCUAAUCUAUCCCAAACAUAUCACCAACAAACAGGUUCUCUCAGGUCUAGAACAUAUCCCCUAUCGGGUCAUGAAGACAUUCUUUAUUCACCAAGUGGAACCCAAAAAGUCCAGUCAAGAAUGCAGAUUGUUUUCUAUAAAUUGACUGAAGAAAGGAAAGGAGGAGGAGGACUGGAAAACAAGCAAAUGUGGCCCAUCCUAUGCCAUCUGGAAAACCAAAUAUGUAAGUUAGUGGAAAUAAUAAGUUUCCUUAGAUCAAGUGAAAACCAAACACUUCCCUUCUUACAUGAUUUAAAAUACAACCUGUGUCAUCUCAAACCAACCAAGUAAGUGUUCCCCAAACUUAGUUUAGUGUCUAGAACAGUUGUUCACUAUUUUGAUUUGCUGGAAGCAAUCGUGUUCCCUUGCUUUUACUCUGGAGCCAUUUUACUUCCCUUGGUUGGAUGGAUCUACUGUUUGGGGGGUUUUUGUAUGUUUUUUCUUCUUUAUUUCUAUUGGAAGCUGCACAAGUCUGCAACAAUGGGAGUUUGUUGCACUGAUAGCAAACCAGUUUCUCUAUUGAUUAUCCUGUAAACACCAUCCCAUCUUUGUUCUGUGCCAUUACAACUACUGAAGACUUUUACAAGACACGUCUCUGCUGCUGAUGAGCUCUAUUAGAAUGCUAUUAAAUGCCCAUUUUGUUGUGAGACACAAUGCCCGGCUAAAGGACGCACACUAUAUCGAUGUCGGGACACCACGAAGGUGCUAUUCAACUCAUCUUGUUUUAUGAUCCAGUGUCUGAUUGGACUGUAUUACCAUUUCUUGUAAAUGGCUCUUACCUCUUAUCUGAAUGACACUGGAAAAACUGAUUGGACGGCUGUAAAAAGGCGUCAACCACUUUCUUUAAGAUAUGAACACCUGACUCGUUUUCAAAUGCUCCCUCUGGUUUAGAGGUUAUCGUUUCUGUAGUCCCUGCUGCUAGGCAACCAGGAUGUCUUCCAUUUAUUCCGGGAAACGUCGCAUUUCUUCUGCCUUUGCCCUCCAGCCCUCCUUCUGCUGGCCCGAAGGACGUCUCUCAUUUCUUCUACUUGCACCUGCAAACUGGGGAGGUGAUUGAGUACUGUGCCUGUUCUUAUAUGUUAAAGUCCCUAGAAGUUUGAUAUUUAUUAUAGCCACACUUGAAGGCUCAUUGUGUUUGCUUUGGUUUUGAAGCAUUCAGAAUUUGUCUGCAUUUUGGGAAAUUGACUUUUCCUACUGAGAGAUACUGGCAAAUACUUCAUCAGCUGGAAAAAGACUGGAAAAAAAGAAAAAAUUCUCUGUUCAAAGUUCACAUUUUGCUAGUUUAUUCUGUAUGAAAUCUUAAGUUAAUGCUUGUACACCAAGUUUGUGUGUAGAUUAAACAAAUGAAAAUUUACACAUAAACAUUGAGGUUUAGUAUAACCAGAAAAGCUUGAACAUGUAUGGUUUGUAUGCAUUGAGUUGACCAUGAACUCCUCUGUAAUCAAAGUAUUCUAGAGUAAAAUUUGAGGCCAUCUUUUUUUACAACAGAAGCUUGGCUGAAAUUGGGUCAUUGGAAAAUCAAAAGAAUCAAGGGCUUGCAAAGACUCCUGACCUCUAACUGAUUGAGAUCCUCUAACAGGAUCUUAACAGAGCUGUGCAUAAACAUAAACCUCAAUGAUCUAAGACAGGGGUGCCCAACUCCAGGCCUCAAGGGCCGGUGUCCUGCAGGUUUUAGAUAUCACCCUGACACACCUGAAUCAAAUGAUUAGUUCAUUACCAGGCUUCUGGAGAACUUUAAGAUGUGUCAAGGAGGUAAUUUAGUUAUUUAAAUCAACUGUGAUGGAUCAAUGACACAUCUAAAACCUGCAGGACACUGGCCCUUGAGGCCUGGAGUUGGACACCCCUGAUCUAAGACAAAGUUGUAAAGAAGAGUGAGCCAAAAUUCCCGCACGACAGUGUGAGAGACUGAUAACUUUCGCUGUGAUAAAGUUAUACAGAGAAAGAUUAAAAUUGAUUGUAAAAGAUAAAAAUCAUGCAGUGCACUUAGUUUCUUUUUCACAUAACUCUAUACUGCACAGAAAGUAAAUAUACUGUUAAAAUAGGAAGUCAGGUUUACAUAAAUAUUAAACUACAGCACUUCAAUUUGUUAGCAAAUAUUUAAAACAUGUCAUUAAACCAAUUAAGUAAAAUUAAGCAGUUAAAGGUUUUGAUAAAUGGUUUAAUUAAAAGGAUAAUUUCCAGUGGAAUUUUUCAGUGAAGGUUUUUUCAAGCCAGUUUCUGAACACUGAAAACCAAAAACAAUGAGCCUUAUGUACAAAGACUCCUUUUGUUCCUCUGAAGGACACAUCCUGUCAUCUCACUCGCCUUCUGUCCUUUACCUAUUCCCCCAGGCUUCACACUGUAUCUGAAAUUAACUGAGGGACUUCAAAAUGUCACAUUUUCAAAAACAAUUUCAACAACCUUUUAAAGUUUCUACCUGCAGUAUGACUGAGAUAAAGGUCACCUUUGAGUCCAGUCCCCGAGCUUACUGCCUCUCCUCAGUUCACAGCAGUUUACGGAGGAUAAAAUAUGUUGUAAAUAAUGUAAAUAUGACUCUGUCUGUUGUUGUCUGUUUGUCUGUGUGAGUCAGUUGUGAAGUAGGGAAACAGUAGCAGCCUGAACAAAUACUACUACAAUGAAAAACAAAAAAAGUCUCAUAGUAGACAUGUGGUGUCAGCACCCUGAAAAAACCUUGUGCUACCCAAAGAGACUGUUUCUUGGAUGAAACAAAUGAUUUUCCACAUUGAUAUUGGAACAUUUUGUCAUUCUCAAUAGAUACUUAUUCAAUUUAAAAAAUAGUGGAGAAACAUAAUAUUCAAGGUUUCUGAAGGGUGUGAAGUAAGAGUUCUUACCUUAAAGUCAAGUUCUUGAUAGAUUUGGUAGCAACAAAGGACUGGACACUGACAGAGCUCUUUCAUCAUGUGCUCACGUCUGUCUGUGAGGUGUCACCAAUCAUAUUGCUCCAUCCACACAUCCAUCAUGCUGUCUGUGAUAUUACUGAUCAUACAUCAGUGAGAAUGAAGGAAUGCCUGUUUUUAAAAACAACAACAACAAAAAAGUGUGUUUGUGUGCGUGGGUAGUUGAUUUCCACGACAUAAUGUUUGAAGUCCUGUGGAAAAACUGGAAUGUAUGAGGUUUGUAAGUUCUGAGUCUGUUUGCAUCUUUCUUUAAAACUUGAAACCAAGUGUCAAUCGUCAUCUGGGUAAAUGCCUUGACCUAAUGCAGUGUUAUGACCUUACCGUGACCUUUGAGCUUAGCAUAACCUUUCCAUGGCCUUGACCUUAGGCUGGAGCUGCUCAUUGAGAGUUUGGCAGGAGCAUUUGAAGUGUUCAUGAGUGGGACUAAUGAAAUAACUUUGAGCUCACAAACUGUUUUGAAGGGCAGAAAAUUAUUUAUCUCACACAUUAAAAAAUUACAGCUACCUGACUCUAACUAGGCGAUUACAGGAACCACUGAACAAGCUUUUAAUAAAUAAUACAAUCAUAAAUAUGCAUAAACUAAUACCUACAACAAAUUCCAGCAACAUGAACAAGUUAAUAAAAACAAGUUAAUGUCAUAUGCAACUGUUUAAGAAGACCCGGACCAAUGAUUGGUGUAAUAAUAACUAAUGCAUGCUGCACAAAAAAACAGUCAAAAAAAACACACUUUACCUUGCUGGUACACUCCCGUUUCAAAUUCUUAAACACAUCAAUGUCUAGAAAAGGGACUUUUGCAGAGCGUUGAAUACGUGACUGUUUUCUUUAAACAAUUAAAUGGCCUCUGAUGCACAGCAGAACAAUAGCUGCAGAUGGAUACAUUGUUGGGGUUUCUUUUAGGUGAAACAAUAAAAUAAGCCCCAGAAUUAAAACAAUUUAAUUGUGUUCUGAAUGGCAUUAUAUCAUUAGCACCAAAUUAGCACCAAUUACUGUCAUAUGUUUUAAUGUUUGGACAUUUUGUUACAGCCCUGCAGUAUUAUAAAUUACAAUGUUACGGUCAUGUACUCAGUAACUGCUGAUGAUAACACUUGACAGUAUUAUAUUCAGUAGCACCAACAAUGUAUUUAGGAUGUUGCCAACAAGCUAGCCGUACAUAUCAUCUUACAUUGAACACUCAUGAAGACCUUCAGCGGCAGCCAAACCCUCAGUCAGCGGCUCGGUCUUUGACCUUCUAUGCCUGCUAUAAACCCAGUAGUCUUAAUUGUUUCCUUUUUAUACUUCAUACCAAACCAAGAAGAGCCUUUUGUUGCUACUGUUGCAGCCACCCGUGUCAACAAGAAGCCAAACUUGAUGUUUCACUUGUGUUGAUGCGUUUCAGCAUCUAUUAGUUUUUGCUGUUGUCGACUUUGAACCCAUUGUGCAAAUUUAACUGCCAGCCAUUUUCACAAAUCCACUUUAGUUUCAUUUCCUUCAUUUGUUGUUGCUUUUAGUUUUCAAAUUUAUUAUGGUUUACCAAAUCUUCAAGGACUUUUGAGACACAAUUUGCAGUCAAAUUAUUGGGAAGAAAACAAUUUCUCAUGCAAAGUUUAAUAUUAAUUUUAUGUUUUCAAAGUCAGUUGAUUGGGGGGGUUAAUUCUUUACAUUCUUGCAAUUAGUCUAACUGAUGUGUGACCUGAAAUUUACUGAUUUCUUUGGGUUUUUCAAGCAUCCACUAAAUAAUUUAACAUUCUUGCACGUCAGUACAUCGUUGUCAUUAUCACUGUAUACAGCUUGGCUGGUUUUACAUGUUUUAGAUGUUUGGUCCAUGACAUUUGCAAUUCUCCAAAGAAAGGUAGCUGACAAAUGAAAAAAAUCUAUUUUUGGUUGUAAAUGAAAAACUUUGGCAUUAAAACCCUGAUGAUCAUGACCUGUAAGGUUUUACUAUGUCAUUAGUACACUUUGAACUGUUUCGAACAAAGUUGGAAACAGAUGAUUCAGUUUCACUUUGACCCGGGUGGCUGUGAUUACUGGGUCCUUUGUGUUUGAUUUGGAUGUGAUUGAUUGAGUGUGUGAGUGUAUGUGAUCAUUUUACAUCAUGCCACAUUAUACACAGGAGCUGAUGUUUUGUUUUGUUUUUUAUUUUAAUUAUUUUUUAUGCACUAGACAAGUUAGGAUUUUGAACCAAGCUGGGCUCGUUUUCCAAAAAGAAAUCUGAGUCUGAGGUUGAGCUUUAAGGUCAGUACAAUUUACUAAAGAAUGUCUUGAAUCAUUUAAUAACAGGAUUUUUGCAUGAAAAAUCUUUAAAUUACAAAUUUAGACACAAUCAAUUUGUUAACACAAACUGGACAAUUCAACAAGGAAAAAAAAAAGCUUGCUUUGCAGCUCAAAUUUCUUCAAAGCUGUGAAAGAUUAACUAUAAGUUCACCUUGAGGUGCUUUUUAGGAAAACUAGUCUUGGCUUGAUGUGGAAGGAGAGGAGUGAAGAAAAGAGUUUUAAUGACAUGUUGUAGACAUGUGUUAAUGCUAAUAAUGAUCUGUAAUGUGAUGUGUGUUCAUAUGAAACAUGGAUGUUUGCUGAUAUUAAGCUGGAGAAGAAGGGGGGUGGGAAUACCCCGAUUUGUACUGAGGAAACAAAUGCAUUCAACUGUGAAAAUUAAACUAAU